AUGGAAGGAGCACAGAAGGCAGAGGUGAAGAAGAUGGACAGAAGAGACACCCGGCUGAUCUGCUCUUUGCUGUUGUUUAUCAUCACUCAGGUUUUGUGCCAGCUGUGCACUGGGCCAUGUCAGUGCCCAGCCACCAUGCCACGCUGCCUUGUUGGUAUUCCUCUAAUGUUAGACAGCUGCGGGUGCUGCCAGGUUUGUCCUAGGCAGGAGGGCGAGGCCUGCACCGACCGGCUGCCCUGUGACACCCGCCGAGGGCUCCAGUGUGACUACAGCGCCAGCUUCCCUGGAGGGCCAGGACAGUGUGUUGAUAGGAACGAGCUGGGAUGUGAGCUGAAUGGCAGGAAGCUGGAGGAGGGACAGGUAUUUCAACCUUCCUGUGCCCAGCUCUGCCACUGCCUGGGAGGAGGGGUGACCUGCGUGCCCCUGUGCAGCGAUGAUCUGCAGAGGCCCGUUGAUAAGUGUCACAACCCUCAGCUGGUGCGACUACCGGGGCGCUGCUGCAAAGAGUGGGUGUGUGAGGGCCAGGACAACAGCAUCUCGUCAAAUCCAUCAGGAGGUGAGCAGACGCAUCAGGACUACGGGCGUGGGCUGUCCGGCCUGUCGUUCGGCUCCAUCUCCAACUGUAUCGAGUGGACAUCAGACUGGAGCCCCUGCUCCCACAGCUGUGGCCCAGGUGUCUCCAUCCGCAACACAAACAGGAACUGGGCUUGCCGCCUGCAGACUGAGACCAGACUGUGCCAGGUCAGGCCAUGCCAGAUUCUGAUGCCGGGGCUCCGAACACUACUGCCGGGUUCGGGGGUGUGCGAGAGCAGCUACAGUUCACCUCUGUCCAUUCAUCUGGAACAGCAGGGCUGCUGGAGCACCAGAGCCUACCGUCCCAGGUUCUGUGCCUUGACCUGUCCGGAGGGACGCUGCUGCAGCCCCUCCCACACCAGGACAGUGCGGAUGGUUUUUCGUUGCCCCCAAGACAGGCUCACUCAGCAGCAGGUGAUGAUGAUCGAGUCCUGCUCCUGCAGCAUCUCCAACUGCCGGCGGUCCACAGCUGCCCGGAGUGUCCUGCCUUGGCCGUGAGCUGCAUUUGUAUCUGGCUCCUAGAAAGAUGGGCGGGUCCCGUCUGCAAGGAAAGUGACCAAACCUACACAUGACACAUGAGGCAGCGUUUCAAAAUUAUGGAAAUAUUACAAAUAGGAUUGCAAACUUGACAUUCGACAACAGCUGUUGUAGUAAUAGUGCAGUAUGAGGCUAAAUCCAGCAAAUACA